GUUUCUUAAUGUUUUUAUGAGGUAUGAUUAUAAAAAAUAUAACACAAUUUUACCAUUAGAGGAUGUCUAUAUUCAUACACUGCUGCCAAACAUCUGUGAAUAUAAAAGUAAUUUUCUUGGAUAAAACGUAUUUAGUAUGUUCUUGAAUAGGUGAGAAAAUAAUAAACAUACAUUUAUUCAAGCUGUCAUUCAGUAAUUUCUCAUUCAAUUCACAAGUAUUCACAUUCUGAUUGAAUUUAAACCAUAAUAAGAGAAGUUCCAGUUACAUGUUCUGGUAGUUUAUGCAUCUGUCCGAUGGUCUUCUCUGGUCUUUCACUGACUUCACCUGUUAAUCCUCCACAGGUGUGGCGCACAGGUGUCUCUCAAUAACACUCACACCAGCGGUCUAUAAAUAUGAAACAGUAAGCUCUUUCUGCAGUGUUGAAGACAAUCUGUGUCAGAAUCAUGUUUACUUUUGGUAUUCUCCUUACCUUAAUUGUUCUGAAUUCCAGUCUGGCCUUCAGCGAAGUAAAGAAAGUGAUUGUUUAUGGGGGAACUGGAGCACUGGGACUAGAGAGUGUACGUUAUUUCAGAGCCCAAAAUUGGUGGGUUGCCUCUAUUGCUCAUAGUGUCAACAAAGAAGCCAGUGCAAAUGUUAAAGUAAAGAUGACUGAAUCCUUCACUGAGCAAGCCAAACAGGUAACAGUGGGUGUUGGUAAGCUGUUGGGUGAUGAGAAAGUUGAUGCCAUCUACUGCGUGGCAGGAGGUCAAGCAGAGGGCAACGCUAAAGCCAACUCUCUGUACAAGUAUGCUGAUCUGAUGUGGAAGGAGAAUGUGUGGACCUCCACCAUUUGUACUCACCUAGCAACCAAAUACCUGAGAGAGGGUGGGCUGCUCACGCUGUCAGGGGCCAAAGUAGCGCUGGGGCCAACAGCAGAAUCUGUUAGUUUUGGAAUGGCAAAGGCAUCUGUACAUCAGCUGACCCGGAGUCUCAGUGGGCCAAACAGUGGUCUUCCACCGCGAUCUGUUGCUCUAGCAAUCCUACCGGGAACAUUAGAUACACCUACAAAUAGGAAGAUCAUGCCUAAUGCUGAUGUCAGUUCCUGGACCCCGCUUAAUCAUGUAACCCAGCUGUUCUUUAAGUGGACUGUUGGAGAAAGCAGACCACCUUCAGGUAGUCUUGUGGAGCUUGUUACCGCUAAUGGCAGAACAGUGGCUACUCCUAUUAAAAGCCCUUAGCAUAUUAAUCAGCUGUCAGUCUCCCAAUAAAGACUCUUUUAAACUUC